UUGAUGUCAUCGCUUAUAAUAACUUGUCAAAAUUUCUCACCAUGUUGUUAUAAAUUGAACAUAACAUAAAUUUGGCGAAAUUUAAAUCGAAAACAAUAUGGUUUUCGAAUCAGUUGUGGCCGAAUUAUUAAAUCGGUUUCUUGGUGAUUAUGUAGAAAAUUUGGAUAGUACACAAUUAAAAAUUGGAAUAUGGGGCGGGGAUGUUGUUUUAAGAAAUUUAAUACUUAAACAAAAUGCUUUAGCUGAACUUGAUCUGCCGGUUAAGACCAUAUAUGGACAAUUAGGUAAACUUGUUUUGAAAAUACCGUGGAAGAAUUUGUAUAGUGCCCCGGUUGAAAUAGAAAUUGAAAGAUUAUUCUUAUUGGCUGUACCAAAUACAGACAUUGUUUAUAAUUCUGAAAAAGAGGAACGAUGGGCUAGAGAAGCGAAACAAGCUGAAUUAACGCGCGUUGAAGAGCAAAAACAAAAACAACGUGAAGCUGCAAAUCCAAAGCAAACCAAUGAUACCUUUGUUGAAAAAUUAACAACAAAUAUUAUAAAAAAUGUUCAAAUUCGUAUACGUGAUAUUCAUAUCCGAUACGAGGAUAAAUCCGAUGCACAAAUCUAUUCGAUGGGUGCCACCUUAAGCAGUUUAACUGUGGUAUCAACAGACGAAAAUUGGAUUCAAAAAAUCAGUACAGGCGAUGUUGCACAUAUUUUUAAGGUUCUGCAAUUAGAGAGUCUUGCAGUGUAUUGGAAUACACCAACAGAAAUUUAUUCUACACAGUCGUUUGAAAAUAUCUGUGAAAAACUUGAAGAAACUAUUGUAUCGAGUACCGAAACCCCACCAAAUUUUAAAUAUAUUUUGGGUCCAAUAUGCUCGGAUGCACGUUUAAGAUUACAUCCAAAACCAGAAAAUGAUGAUCCCAAAUUUAUACUUCCAAAAAUAUUAUUAAAUAUAGAAAUGAAAACAUUACAAAUUGCCAUAAAUGAACCACAAUAUCAAUGCAUUGUAUUAUUUAUGGGCUCCAUGGAACGAAUGAAACGUGGUGCUAUGUAUCGAAAAUAUCGACCAGCUGUACCAUUUAAAGGUCAUGCUAAAGAAUGGUGGCGUUUUGCGUACAAUUCUGUUUUAGAAUUUGAAGUACGACGACGUAGACAGAAUUGGAACAUCGAUCAUGUUAUGAAUUAUCGAAAAAUGUGCAAGGAUUAUGCUGCCGUUUAUAAAGAAAAAAUGUUGUUGAAAAAGGUACCGGCUGAUUUAACAGUUAGAUGUCAAUAUUUCGAAGACAAGUUAGAUUUGUUCAACAUUGUAGUCGCACGCCAACAAGUAGAAAUUGAAGUGGCUAAUCAAAUAGAAAUUGCUAAACAAGAAGCCGCCGAAAAAUCUUGGUUUGGUGGUUGGUUUGGCGGUUCAAAAAAUAAAACUGAGGAUUCGUCAUCUAAUGAUAUUAUAAAACAAUUCGAAAAAGCCAUGACACCCGAAGAAAAGAAGAAAUUAUAUCAAGCUAUUGAUUACACAGAUAGUAAUGUACCAAUAGAAUUUCCUAAAGAAUAUGUGGACAUGGUUUCUGCAUUUGCAUUACAUGGACUUGUCGUGGAAAUUCGUAAUGGAGACGAGAAACGUGUACUUAGUGCUCACUUAAAAGGUGUUAAAUGUCAAGUACAGCGUCGACCAAGAGCUGAUGCAUUCAAAUUAGCUGCUAAAGUUGAUGCAUUUACUGUGUAUGGUAGUAAACAAAAUGAUAUUCGUCCAAUAUUAGUAUCAUCCAGGCAAGUAAAUGAUUCAUCAUUGAUGGAUUUUCAAUUUGAAACGAAUCCAUUACAUGGUGAUUGCGGUCAACGGAUUUCAUUUAAGUCGUGUCCAAUACAAAUUGUUUAUGAUGCAAAAACAAUUAUUAAUGUUACGAAAAUUUUUGAAAAACCAAAAGAUGUUUCACUGGAUUAUAUAUCAGCUGUAACAAACAUGAAAAUGCAAGAUUUAAAAGAAAAAUCAUUAUUCGGAAUGCAGUACGCAAUUGAGCAACAUACAAAACUCGAUAUCAAUAUCAAUAUUGCUAGUCCAUAUAUUGUCAUACCUUAUGGUGGAUUUUAUACGGGAAAUGAACCUGUAUUAAUUGCAAAUUUAGGUGAAUUGAAAUUGGAAACGCCAGAAUCAGAAGGAUAUCGUGAUAUUCAAAGUAGAAAACUGGAGAAUAUUUCAGAUGAAGAUCUUUUUACUGAAAUGCAAAAGUACAGCUAUGAGCAAUAUAUUUUAAGUCUAAAUAAUUUUCAGGUAAUUUUCUCGUUACCUAGUGCAAAAUUAACGGAAGAAUUGGAAAGUGGUAACGUUGAAUUAGCAGACAUCGAAACAAAUUUACAUUUAAUUGAAUCCACAUCAUUAAAAAUAAAUAUCGGUCGAUGUUUAAUCACAGAUGACCCACGUUUGCCUAAAAUCAAAGUGUCUGGAGAAAUUCCGACCGUUCAAAUAAGCGCAUCAGACUUUCAGUUACUAAUGAUAAUUGCAUUAGCUAACAGUAUACCAUUACCUGUAAGUCAAGAAGAAUCUGACCAACAAGUAACUGCUGCAACUUCAAUUGCGUCAAGUUUGUCUACUAUACCAACUAUGGCUUCGCAAUUUGUUACAAAUAAUAUAAUAAAAACGUCUUACGAAAUAAAAAAGGAAACUACUGAUGACUUGAUACAACUUACUGAAAUAGAAGUCUCUUUUAUUGCAAAACGGAUCGAUUUAAUAUUAUCAAAACAUCAUGCAGAAGUUGAAUUGCAUUGUAUCAAAGAAAAGCUGGAAGCGAACGAUGGAGCAAUUAAAUUUGGAGAAUCCAAAAAGAAAUUUCAAUUUUCAAUAAUUGGAAUGGAAUUUGAAAUGACUAAACAAACAUUCAAUCAAGAUAUUGUUGCACGUCUGGGUGGUAUCAAUUAUAAGCAUUUCCUCCAAAAUGAGAUCGUGAAUGUGUUAACUACACCACGUGGGGAUGAUGACGAUGCAAAAACUCUUAAUGAAGAAGAUUUUGAUUAUCUAUUUUCUGUAACAUUCUCAACGGUUGAUAAAAAAUCACCAGAAUUUGCAACAAAAUAUCAACAUUGUGAGCAAAUUUUAUUUGUUGAGUUACAUAAGAUAAUGGUGAUUUUGCAUUUGGAUGGUAUUAAAGAAGCACUGAAAUUUAUGAACGUGAUACAGCAAGAGAUGAAUCGAAUAUUUUAUGUUCCGCCAUCGGAUUCAGAUGAAACGGUUGAAUAUAAGACUUUAUCACAUGUAAAGCGUGAAAAUGUGUUGGCAACUAUUAAUGAAAAUAUUGAAAUGAAUAUAAAGCAAGGUUUAAAACGUCGUCAGCGUAAAAAGAAAUCACAUAACGUACGUCGUAUCGAAACAACUUUAUUGAAAAUCGAUGCACAAUUGGGUGAAGUGAACGUAACAUUACAAAAUUCUAUACGAAAAUUAUCAACAUUUGCUAUAUCUGGAUUAUAUUUGAAUGUCGAUAUGAAAAAAUCAAUAAUCCAAGUUUCUGCAGCGUUGAAAAAUAUUUCAAUUAUAGAUCCAAAUCCAUUGAAUAUUCAUUCACAGAUUUUAACGACAAUUGGUGAUGAAACAUUAAAUUUAUCAGUUAUUUAUUAUACGAAAGAUAUUGAAUAUGAAACUGAUACGGAUUUAGAUUUAUCGAUUAAUGUUCGUGUUGGUGCUAUACGAUUAGUAUUUUUAAAUUGGUUUGUUGCUUCACAAUUGAGAUUUUUAAGUAAUUUCCAAGAAGCUGAACAAGCAAUUUUUGAAGCAUCUGCAGCAGCAGCUGAACAAGCCAAACAGAAUGUGCAAAAUGCAUUGGAAAAAUCUUUACGAAUGAAAUUAAAUGUAAUAAUAAAAGCACCUGAUAUAAUUGUACCAAUCCAUUCGAAAUCGUUAAAUGCUCUAUUAAUCGAUAUGGGUGUGUUGACGUUAUCAAAUAAAAUUACAGAUACUUACACGAAAGUUGAAGAUGGUGAUACGAAAAAUGAAGAUGAAACUGAAGAAGGCCAAGAACAACACCAUAUCCUGGUCGAAGAAUUACGUAUAAGUUUAGAAAAUAUUCAAAUUAGUCGUAUUCAUAUUAACGACGCCAAUGAUUAUUCAAACAUGAAUGAAUGUAGCAUCUUAUCACCAACCAACAUACAAUUAACCGUACAACGUAAUUUAACGCCUAAUAGCAAAAUUUUAAUGCCUGAUAUCGAUAUAUUUGGUCGUUUGGAGAAAGUACAAUUAAAUUUAAGCACAACUGAUUAUAAAACAUUAAUGUUAAUCUUAAGUAACAAUUUAACGGAGGGUGAUGAAUUCACAAAAGAAGAACCGAAAAAUGUACCAGCAAAACCUCCACCAAAAAUUCAACAACAAGUUUCAGUGAAAACAAUUAUUGAGAAAGAUGUUUCUCAAACGUUGGUCAGUGAAAGUGAAAUACAUAAAACAUCAAAAACAUCAAAUGUAUUCCUCCAAUUUAAAUUCACUUUACACACUCUCGAUAUUAGUUUAUUUAACGCCAAAUGUAAUUCAAGUAUCGAUUCAAUUGAACGUGAAAAUGGUUUAGCACAAUUUAUUAUGAGUGUGCUAUCGAUUAAAGGUCGUAUUUUACAUGAUCAAACGAUAAUCGCUUCGAUUGUCCUCGUGGAUUGUUCAUUAGAUGAUAUUCGUAAGGAAACAAACGAUGAUGAUUCAAUACGACGUCUAUUAAAACGAAACGUACAUAACGAACGUUUACUUAUGAAUUAUUUACAAAAUCAACCGAAGGGAAUGCUUGAUUUAACUUAUCAACAACAAGGGGAACACAUGUUUGUUGAUUUACGUGUAUUUAGUUUCGAAUUAAUCAUGGCUGUUGAUUAUUUAAUGCUCCUAUUACAAUUUUUCACCCCCGACUUAGACCUAGAACAUAACGAAGAACAUCAAUCUCAUGUACAACAUUUAACAACUGCCACAGCGACAACCACCAAAGAAAUUAAACCAACUCCCGUAUCGCAACAACCACCACCUCCUUCGAACACAAAAACUAUGACCGUAAAUAUUCGUGUAGAACAACCGGAUAUCAUUUUUGUUGAAUCAACGUUAAGUAAAAAUGUAAAUGCAAUUGUGUUAAAUUGUGAGAUUAACAUGAAAGCACGUUUGUCGGGUGAAAAUCAUCAAGUGAUUAAUGGUUCGAUGAAAGAUUUAACUUUGUAUACAUGUAAAUUUUCACGACGGAAUCAACAGAAAAAUGUUUUACAUUCAAUUUUGAAACCGGUUUGUUUGAGUAUAGCGGGUUCAACACCAGCUGGAGAUGAUGUUACACAGGGUUUACAUGUGGAUGUUAUUGUAACAGAUGUGCAUUUAAGUGUAUCGCCAGCCACGAUUGAAUUGGUUAAUCGUACUUUGAAUGCGUUAACAACAGUUAAAAGUGAAAAAGUUGAGCAAAAUAAACAUACAGAACGUGAUUUGGGUAAUUUAUGGGAUCCAUUAAUUUUCAAAGAUAAUGAUUUUUGGUAUUUACGUGCUGAAGAAGCCGAAGAAAUAUCUGAAGAAUGGAUGAAAGAUAUCAGUGAUGAUCCCCUACAAAAUGCAAAUAAAAUAAAACGUAAUGAAAUGUGUAUAUUGAAUGUUCCGUCGAUUGUAGUGACCUUAGAAGCUGGUGUAGGGAAUCAAACACUACCCAUGAUUUUAUUAGAAACAAAACUUAGUGGAAUGAUUGGUAAUUGGAGUUCUCAAAUGUACGUCGAUUGUUCACUAUCAUUACAGAUAAACUACUAUAAUAGUAUAUUAGCUGUUUGGGAACCGUUGAUCGAACCAAAAGAGUACUCAACAGAUGGAAUCACACGAAAAACUGAACCAUGGGAGAUUAAAUUCGAAAUGCAAAUUAAAAACAACGAUUUACAAUCACCAUUAAAUCCUUUAGAUUUAAACGAUGAAGAUCGUAUUGAUGAAGAUACAAAUUUGUAUCAAACGUCACAACAGUGUAUUUUAAUCGAAUCAAAGGACAACUUGGAAAUUACAAUAUCAAAAACAUGUUUCGAAGUGAUUAAUAAUUUGAGUAAGGCGUUCUCAAACGCUAUUCAGAUACAUGAUGAUAUGGUAUGGAAUGUUGAUUCGGCUCCGUAUAGUGUUAUAAAUGAUACAGGAGUUGAUUUAGUGUUAAAUAUAGAAGGUACUGCGUUUAUGGUUUGUGACAGUCCAAAUUGUCGUCAAGUUCAAAUUGGUUUUGGUGGUAAAGUUUCGUUGGAAUUAAGAGAGAUUGAAGAUAUCAAAAAGUUUACCGAGUCUAAAUGUAUUAAAACAAUUGAACAAAAAGAAGAUGAAGGAUUACCGAAAAUUGUUCAUCUUCAGGUAAAUGGAGCACGUAACACAAUUGAUUUACCAAUAAGUCGAGCCGAUAAACGUUAUUUCCCCUUAACAAUGGAAAAAGAUCCUACCUCAAAAUGGGGCAUUAUUUCUGAUAUAAAAAUAAUAAAUGGUUGUACAACGGUCUGUUUACGAAGUAUUGUUCAAGUUCAUAAUCAUUUCGACCAUGCUCUCGACGUAUUUUAUAUGAAUGAGAAUGGUAAAAGUGUUGAACUAAUUGAUACAAUUAGCGCACAAGGUAACUUAAAUUUACCUUUAAAUGCGGUUUAUUCACCGACAAGUGAAAUAUUCUUUGGAUUACGUGGUUAUACAAUAUCAAAUACACCAUUUAUAUGGAAAGAUUUACAAUUAAAUUUAGCUAUGGUUAAAUUGUUAGAAUGCCGUCCAAAAGAUAAUAAAACUUCCAAAAAUAGUUUCUUUAUUAGGGCCAUGGGCGAAAUUGAACAAGUUUACAAUGAAACAACAUCCAAACAUACAAUGAUCAGCGUAUGUUAUAACGUACAUUUGCGCCCAACUGUAUCAUUCCGUAAUUGUCUUCCAUUUGCAAUCGUAUUAUGUAUAUCGGGAUCAAUUGAAGAAACAGUUAUUGAACCGGGACAUGUUAUGUUAUUACCAACCGUCGAACCGGAUGUUAACGAAGUUGUUAUUCGACUGGAUAAUUAUUUGGAGAAAACUUGGUCUUGUAAACGUAAAAUACAAAAUAAUUCCCCCGAAUUUUCUGUAUGGGCAUUCGAUUCAUAUGACAGUACGUUAAAAAUGACAUUGGAUUUAGGUGUUCAUAAAUCGUUCCAUCAAGGAUCCAUUUUGUUGGCGUUGUAUUGUCCAUUCUGGAUGAUUAAUAAAACUGAAAUGAUGUUGACUUACAGAAAUAAUUCAGAAGAUUCAUUGAAUGUAUUGUAUCAUCCGGAAAAUUUUAAAGGACCGAUUUUGUUUUCAUUCAAUUCAAAGAACUUUUUUGGCAAGAAAAAAGCAUCGAUUCGUGUUGAAAAUGGUGAAUGGUCGAAUAAAUUUUCAAUUGAUGUUGCUGGAUCGUCUGGUGUUGUUACAUGUAAAUAUAAUGGCGUUAAUUAUCAGAUUGGAGUUCAAAAUCAAUUGACAUACAAUGGAUUAACAAAACAAAUUGUGUUUACACCACUUUAUAUUUUAAUCAAUAACGCACCGUUUGCAAUUGAAACACAAGAAAUUGAUCGUCCUGGUGAUAAAUGGAUUACUGUUGAAGAAAAUAGUUGUACACCAUUAUGGCCAAAAGGUUCCAAAGAUGAUAAAUUAUUACGUAUACGAAUUAUUGGGACACAAGAGACAUCAGCACCAUUUUUAAUAUCUGAAGUUCAUGCAACUUUAUUAAAAUUGCCUAACAAGUAUGGUGGAGUUAAUGUUGAUAUCCAAAUAAAUGAAGGUGCUAGAUAUAUCACAUUUUCAAGAUAUGAAGCUGGAUCAGCACCGGGUUUGAUAAUAAAUCAUACAAAGUAUCCCAUUAAAUAUUGGGAAAAAGAAUCGGUUAAUGUGAGAAAUUUGGAAUCAUAUAAUUGUAUCUUAUAUACUUGGGAAAAUCCAUCAAGUAAACGAAUUCUUCAAUGUGCAUCAGAAUAUAUUCAACCAGCAAAAAUGGAAAUAGAAAAUGAUUUACGACAAGAUGGUAUUGGUGAAUUCUUUGUGAACGAUCCGGAUUUGAAUCAGAAAGUUUUAGUUUAUUGGGUCUCGUUUUUGGAUGGUUUACAACGUGUUCUAUUAUUUACGGAUCAACAGAAUAUCGCACAAAAUGCACAAACAGCUGGCAAAUAUGAACCAAUUAGUCAAGAGAUUAAUAUAUCUUUACAUGGUGUCGGUUUGUCAUUGGUUAAUAAUAUUUUACGAAAAGAUGUUAUGUAUUUGGGAAUUGCAAGUUCGGGAAUAUUAUGGGAAACAGCCAAACUAUCAUCAACACGUUUCAAACCGUUAUCACAACAUGAUUGCCUUUUAAUCGAAGCAGCAUAUCAACAUCAUUUACAACAAUUAAGUUUAAAUACAACCGUGAAAAACUCAAUAGUAACACUUGGACCAAAAUUAGAAGUUGAUUUUUAUACGGAGAUGAUUUUAAAACCAAAUAAACGUCGUUUACGUCGUACAUUCCAAACUGGAUUUUGGAUGCAAUUAAAAACAUCAGAGCAUCAAUUACAAUUACAUGCAAAAAUUAAUCGUUUACAAAUUGAUAAUCAAUUGUAUGAUUGUAUAUUCCCGGUGGUGUUAGCACCAAUACCGCCACCGAAAAGUGUUGCAGCUGAUACCGCAUUGAAGCCAUUCGCUGAAUUAAGUGUUGUACAACGUAUCAUGAAACAUAGUCCUGUUCAACAGUUCAAAUAUUUUAAGCUUUUAAUUCAAGAAUUUCACGUUAAAGUUGAUUUAGGCUUCGUUAAUGCCAUUCUUGAAUGUAUACAAGGAAAAGAUCCAUCUGAAGCUGAAACUUUGGAGUAUUUCCAAACAGAUUUAAAACUAGUUGAUCAACCAUUACAUUCACAUGUAUCGACGUUAUCGUUACAAGAUCAAAAGAAUUUUUACGAUUUGUUACAUUUUUCACCAUUGAAAAUUCAUAUCAGUUUUUCAUUACAAACGGGAUCAACUUCGUCGGCUUCAAGCGACAGUACUGCAAAUCAAUCAGCAAUUCCAGAAUUUCUGAGUGUUGUCCUCCAAGGUAUUGGAGUUACACUUACAGAUAUGCACGAUGUCGUUUUCAGAUUGGCAUAUUUUGAAAGGAAUUUCAUGUUUUAUACUCAAAAACAAUUAAUUUCUGAAGCCACACAACAUUAUGUGGGUCAAUUGGUAAAACAAGCAUAUGUCUUGGUACUUGGUUUAGAUGUUAUUGGUAAUCCAUAUGGUUUGGUCCUUGGAAUCAGUAAAGGUGUUGAAGAUUUAUUCUACGAGCCAUUCCAGGGUGCUAUUCAAGGACCUGGUGAAUUCGCUGAAGGUUUAGUAUUAGGUGUACGUAGUUUAUUCGGCCAUACUGUUGGGGGCGCAGCUGGUGCUGUUUCCCGUAUUACUGGUGCCAUGGGUAAAGGUAUUGCUGCUUUAUCAUUCGAUGAAGAUUUCCAAAAACGUCGUAGAGAACAAAUCAAUAAAAGACCGGCCAAUUUACAAGAAGGUUUAGCUCGUAGUGGAAAAGGUCUAGUUAUGGGAGUUUUUGAUGGUGUCACUGGUGUAUUUUCAAAACCAAUCUCUGGUGCUAAAGAACAAGGUGUAGAAGGUUUCUUUAAAGGUUUGGGUAAAGGUGCAAUCGGUUUGGUUGCUCGUCCAACAGCUGGUGUUGUAGAUUUUGCUAGCGGAUCUUUAGAAGCUGUGAAAAGAUGUGCUGAAGGUGAAGAAACAGGACGAUUACGUGCACCACGAUUUAUUUCGAAUGAUAGAAGACUAACACCAUAUUGCUUUGUCGAAGCUGAAGGUAAUAAAUUAUUAAUGGAAUUGGAAAAGGGGAAAUAUUCGAAUACAGAUGUGUAUGUUUAUCAUGUAUGGAUCAUACAACGAAAGGAAAUUCUUUUACUCACCGAUAAACGUAUCGCUUAUAUUACACAUAACGAUAUAUUCGGUGGAUGGCAGGUGGAUUGGUCUUAUACAUGGCAUGAAUUACAAGAAGCACCAAAAAUCAACGAUGUUGGUAUGCAAGUAAUAAUUCUAGAACAAAAGAAAAAAUUCAAUCUAUUUGGUUCAAAUUCAAACAACAAAUUUAUUCCAAUACAUGAUGAAAAAUUACGUGAAUUAUUAAUCAUAAAAAUCGAUAGUAUUUUUAACAAUCUUAUGUCUGCUUCUCAAUCAAGUCUUAAUAGACCUAGUAUUUAAACCGUUUAAGUUUUCUAUUCUAAGUAUUUAGUCCUUUAAGGAUAACCCUUUUUUUUUAAAUAAAAUUAAUCAAAAAAUCACUUAAUCAAUAUAUUAAUAUACGCACUUUUUAUAAAUUUUUCUUUGAUUAUUAUCGAUUAUUUUUGGUAAAGGGCUACGAGUUUUUUUUUUCAUUUUACGUGACAAAACGAAAACAAUUCGAACCAGAUUAUUUAGUA